AUGUCCGACGCUGAGUCGUACGAGUUUGAAUUUGAAGACGAUGAUGACGACGAUAUGAUGGGUGAUGCCUCCAUGGAUAACUCCAUGGAUAACCAAGAUGGUGACGGUUCAGAUGAUGAGAACUCUGCUGAAAGUUUAUACUACAAUGCCAAAAAUAUCAAGCAGGAUGAUCCAGAAAAGUCAAUAGAGAUAUACCGCAAGAUUUUGGAUAUUAAAGAUGCUGAAUCAUUAGAGAGUUUAGUUGAAUAUCAAUUUAAGGCUUUGAAGCAAUUGAUUAAAGUGCAAUACAAAUUAGAUAAAUAUGAUCCUUUCGUUUCAGAUUUUGAGAAAAUAUUCAAGUUAGAUUUACAAAAAAUUCAAAGAGGUUAUGUUGAGGAUAGUUUGAGCAGAAUUUUAGAUAGUUAUAUUGGGUUACCUCCAGCUUUACAACUUGAAUUUCUAAACAUCUUCAUAACAAACUACACUGGGAAUGAUCGUUUAAGUUUGAAGGCAAAUUUAAAGAAAACACAUGUAUUAAUUGAUUUGAAGCAAAAUAAGGAAGCUCAUGAACUGUUGCAAUUUUUGUUUUCAAAGUUAGAUAAAAUGUCAGAGGUCACAAAAAGUACACAUUUACUUGAGUUAUACUCUAUCCAAAUACAACUUUAUUCAGAUUCAAAUGAUAUACCCAAAUUGAAAGAGCUAUAUAACAAGACAUUGUCAGUGCAGAGUACAAUCCCACACCCAAGAAUUAAUGCUAUUAUCAAAGAAUGUGGUGGUAAAAUGUACAUGAGAGAUGAAAACUUUGAAAGAGCAUCAAUUGAGUUUUAUGAGAGUUUCAAAAAUUAUGAUGAAAUAGGAAAUCAGUCGAAAAGAAUAUUGAUAUUGAAAUAUCUUAUCAUAACCUCAAUAUUGAGUAAUAAUGAAAUCAACAAGUUUGAAAGUCAAGAAACAAAGUUCUUUUUAAAAGAUGAAGAAAUUUUGAAAUACAUCAAAUUAAUCAAUACAUUUGAAAAACUUGAGCAUGAUGCCUUCACUGAAACUCUUCAAAACAUUCUAUCGCUUGAACAAAAAGAUGAAUUUUUGGUGCAACAUUUGAGGAAAAUUGAAAAAAUAUUCAAGUUACAAACAUUGAUUCAUUAUAUCAAGCCUUUCAAACGUUUAUCAGUCUCCAAACUAUGUGAGAGAUUAAGUCUAGAUUAUGAUUUCAUUGAAGAAAGUUUCCUAAAUCUUUUAAACAAUGGUCAAAUUAAAAACAUCAAACUUGAUUUGAUAGAGGGUGUGGUGUAUAAUGAAGCCUAUGCCGCAUGA